CGCGGCCGCGUUCUCGUCUCGUGCAGCGCAGUUCGCUCGAGCGGUCUGAACAAUGACUGCGCGAGAGGAUGAUGCGAGUCUGGAGAAAUGCGUGAUUUAACACCAGUACUGUACAUUGCGCUGUUUUAUACGCUUUUUUCAAAACAAACACCAUGAAUAUGUGGAUUCCUACAGAACACGAGAAAUACGGAGUCGUGCUGGCCAGUUUCCGAGGAACAGUACAGCAUGGCUUGCCUUUGGAAAUCGGUGACACGGUGCAGAUCCUGGAGAAAUGUGAAGGUUGGUACAGAGGAUUCGUCCUCAAGAACCCGAAUGCCAGGGGUAUUUUCCCAUGCAACUACAUUCAUCUGAAGAAUGCGCAUAUCAAGAAUAAGGGGCAGUUUGAGACGGUGGUGCCGACUGAAGACUCUGUCAUUACGGAGAUGACGUCCACCCUCAGGGACUGGGGCGCCAUGUGGAAGCAGCUCUUUGUGAAAAAUGAAGGAGAUCUGUUUCACAGACUGUGGCAUGUGAUGAAUGAGAUUUUGGACCUUAGGCGGCAGGUUUUGGUUGGUCACCUGACUCACGACCGCAUGAGGGAUGUCAAACAGCACAUCACGGCACGUCUGGACUGGGGCAAUGAGCAGCUGGGUUUGGACCUGGUACCCAGGAGAGAGUUCAGCAUGGUGGACCCGGAUGAAAUCAGCAUCACUGAGCUCUACCGACUGAUGGAGCAUCGGCACCGGAAGAAAGAAACUCCGACUCCUGUCAGCACACAUCACCUGUUUGUCCAUUUGAAGAGUCUGAUGAGUUCAAACCUGGGUGAAGAACUGGAGGUCUUCUUCUUCAUCUAUGAUAGUCGAGAGAACAAACCACUCAGUGAAAGGUUCUUUGUUAAACUCAAUAAAAACGGUCUGCCCAAGUUUCCAGAGAAGACUGAAAGACAAUGCACACUUUUUGUGGAUCUGGGGAGCGGCGACCUGAGAAAAGACGUGUAUAUUGUCGUUCACAUCAUUCGGAUUGGGAGGAUGGGUGCAGGAGAGAAGAAGAACACGUGUAAUGUGCAAUACAGGCGUCCAUUCGGCUGUGCUGUGGUCAGCAUCGCUGAUCUCCUCACUGCUGACUCCAAAGACGACCACCUGCUGAAGGUCUAUGCUUGCAACACAGAGAGCGAUUGGAGUCAAAUCCACGACAACAUCAUUAAAAAAGUCAACUCCAGAUACAACCUUUCAGGCUCCAACACAGGUCUGGCGGUGGCACUCCAGUUGCUGCACGGCGACAUUGAACAGCUGCGGAGAGAGUACAUGGUCCUUUUCACCAGAGGAGUGUCCAUAACCAAAAAACUGGGCUUCUCUGAUGUCAUCAUGCCAGGUGAGAUGCGAAAUGAUCUAUACAUCACACUGGAGAAGGGUGAGUUCGAGAAGGGAGGGAAAAGCGUGGCGAGAAACGUGGAGGUCACCGUCUACGCGCUGGACACCGAUGGACAGAUUCUCAAGGGGUUUGUGGCCGUGGGCUCGGGCGAGCCGGGCGGAGACGAGUAUCACACCUUCGUGCUUUACCACAACAACAGCCCGCGAUGGGCAGAGCUAAUAAAGCUGCCCAUUCCUGUCGACAUGUUCCGGGGCUCUCACGUCCGCUUCGAGUUCCGCCACUGUUCCACGAAAGACAAGGGGGAGAAGAAGCUCUUCGGAUUCUCAUUCGUUCCUCUAAUGCAGGAAGACGGGCGGACUCUGCCCGAUGGCACCCACGAGCUCAUUGUUCAUAAGUGUGAGGAGAACGCUAACCUGCAAGACUGUGCUCGCUACCUCAAACUGCCCUUCUCAAAAUCAAAUCUGCCCGGCAACAACCAAACUGUGAAAGGCACUAAGGAAUCCCUGUGGAUCACUUCAUUCCUUUGUUCUACCAAACUCACUCAGAACGGUGACAUGCUGGACUUACUGAAGUGGAGAGCCCAUCCGGAGAGAAUCAGUGACAGCCUGUCUAAACUCAAAGAGAUCGAUGGCUCAGAAAUAGUUAAGUUUUUACAGGAUACACUGGACACGCUUUUCGGCAUUUUGGACGAGAGCUCACAAAAAUAUGCACUGAAGGUGUUUGAUUGUCUGGUCCACAUUAUAAACUUGCUCCAGGAUAGCAAAUUCGAGCAUUUUAAACCAGUCAUGGACACCUACAUUGAAAGCCACUUUGCAGGAGCCCUGUCAUACAGGGAUCUGAUCAAGGUGUUGAAGUGGUACGUUGACCGCAUUAUUGAAGCGGACCGUCACGAACACAUCCAACAGGUGCUAAAGGCGACAGAGUAUAUUUUUAAGUAUAUUAUCCAGUCGCGACGGCUGUUUGCCCUCGCCACAGGCGGACAGAGUGAGGAGGAGUUCCGCUGCUGUAUGCUUGAGCUUUUCAUGUCCAUCCGCUUCUUCCUCUCGCAGGAGAACAAGGGCUCACGGCCCAUCACGCAGACACAGGCAGUGUUUCUGCAGCAAUUCCCGGCAGUGUACGGGGAGUUAUUGAAGCUCUUUACUGUCAGAGAAGUGGCCACGUUUGUACGGGAGACAUUGGGCAGCCUCCCCACUGCCUCCCAGGCAGACUGCCCCCUAGAGGCCGUCAAACUGCACUGCAUCACUAAAACCGUAGAGAGCCAACUCUACACCAACCCUGAGUCUAGAUGUAUUCUGCUCCCGGUGGUAUUGCGUUUGCUCCAGGCCCACAUGCAGGAGCAGCGAGAUCUUGUCAUGUGUGCUCACAUACUCACCUGCAUGCUGUCCCUCCUCAAGAAGGAAGACACGGAGCAGACCGCAUCCGAAGAGGUCGAUCUGAUCGUGGAGAGCGUUUUGGGCGUGUUACUGCGGACCAUACUGGAAGUUGCUAACCGGCCCCAACCAGCAGGACCUACACUACGACCCCAAGUUCAAGACGUUACGGGGGAGUUUGUGUCGUGUCUCUUGGCUCUGUUGAGGCAUAUGAAGGACAGACACUACCAGCAACUCCUGCAGAGGUUCACCAGUAAAGACGACCUGCGGGACUUUCUCCUGCAUAUCUUCACUGUGUUUCGGAUCCUGAUAAGACCAGAGAUGUUCCCCAAAGACUGGACGGUCAUGCGGCUCGUCACCAACAACAUCAUCAUCACCACUGUGCUCUACCUGUCAGAUGCUUUAAGAAAAAACUUUCUCAGUGACAAGUUUGACUACAAGGUGUGGGACUCCUACUUCUGCCUGUCUGUUAUAUUCAUCAACCAGUCCUGCCUUCAGCUCGAGACCUUCUCUGCAUCAAAGAGGAAGAAAAUACUGGAAAAGUACGGAGACAUGCGUGUCAUGAUGGGAUGUGAGAUUUUCAGCAUGUGGCAGAAUUUAGGAGAGCACAAGCUGAACUUCAUCCCAGCAAUGAUUGGCCCGUUCCUGGAGGUGACGCUGGUGCCUCAGCCGGACCUGAGGAACGUGAUGAUCCCAAUCUUUCACGACAUGAUGGACUGGGAGCAGCGCAGAAGUGGCAACUUCAAACAGGUCGAAGCAAAACUUAUCGACAAGCUGGACAGCCUCAUGUCAGAGGGAAAAGGAGAUGAAACGUACAGAGAGCUCUUCAACAGCAUAAUUCCUCUGUUCGGUCCAUAUCCUAGUCUGUUGAAGAAGAUCGAAAGGGAGACGUGGAGGGAGAGCGGGAUAUCCCUCAUAGCCACGGUCACACGGUUGAUGGAGCGACUGCUGGACUACAGAGACUGUAUGAAGUUGGGAGAAGUGGAUGGAAAAAAGAUUGGCUGUACAGUCAGUCUGCUGAACUUCUACAAAACUGAGCUGAAUAAAGAGGAAAUGUACAUCCGCUACAUUCACAAGCUGUAUGACCUGCAUCUGAAAGCGCAGAAUUACACAGAGGCCUCGUAUACACUUCUGCUGUACGACGAGCUGCUGGAAUGGUCCGAGAGACCCCUGCGGGAGUUUCUGAGUUACCCGAUGCAGAGCGAGUGGCAGAGGAAGGAGUACCUGCAUCUCACCAUCAUCCAGAACUUCGACCGUGGAAAGUGUUGGGAGAAUGGCAUUAUCCUGUGCAGAGAGUUAGCGGACCAGUACGAAUCCUACUACGAUUACAGAAACCUCAGCAAAAUGAGGAUGAUGGAAGCUUCAUUUUACGAUAAAAUAAUGGACCAACAGCGGCUGGAGCCAGAGUUCUUCAGAGUGGGCUUCUACGGCAAGAAGUUCCCCUUCUUUCUACGGAAUAAGGAGUUUGUGUGCCGUGGUCAUGACUACGAGCGUCUGGAGGCGUUCCAGCAGCGCAUGCUCAAUGAGUUCCCUCAUGCCAUCGCAAUGCAACACGCCAACCAGCCUGACCAGACCAUCUACCAGGCUGAAGCCCAAUAUCUGCAGAUCUAUGCUGUCACACCAAUCCCAGACAGCCAGGACGUCCUGCAGCGUGACGGCGUCCCCGACAACAUCAAGAGCUUCUAUAAGGUCAACCACAUCUGGAGGUUUCGCUACGACCGGCCGUUUCACAAGGGCACCAAAGACAAAGAGAACGAGUUUAAGAGCCUGUGGGUAGAAAGAACGACAUUAACGCUUGUUCAGAGUCUCCCAGGCAUCUCCCGCUGGUUUGAAGUGGAGAGGAGGGAACUGGUGGAGGUGAGUCCACUGGAGAAUGCUAUUGAGGUCAUCGAGAACAAGAACCUGCAGUUGCGGACGUUGAUUACGCAGUGUCAAACCCGGCAGAUGCAGAACAUCAACCCCUUGACCAUGUGUCUCAAUGGAGUCAUCGACGCCGCUGUCAACGGAGGUCUCGCUCGCUAUCAGGAGGCGUUCUUCGUGAAGGACUACAUCAUGAAUCACCCCGAAGAUGGAGACAAAAUUGGUCGUCUCCGAGAGCUCAUGUUUGAGCAGGCUCACAUACUGGAGUUUGGUUUGACUGUGCAUGAGAAGUUUGUACCUCAGGACAUGCGACCCUUGCACAAGAAACUGGUGGAUCAGUUUCAUCUCAUGAAAUCCAGCCUCGGCAUACAGGAAUUUCCGGCCUAUGUGCGAGCCAGCCCGAUUCACUUCACCAACGGAAGCCCUCGAGCCGGAAGAAACUCAGCGCCCAAUAUAAUGAAUCCAGAGGGAGGAGCGCGUGUGGUGUCACGCCGCAGUCCCCUCAGCUACCCAGCAGUCAACCGCUACUCUUCAUCCUCGCUGUCAUCGCAGGCGUCCAAUGAAGUGAGCAACAUCACGGGCCAAUCAGAGAGCUCGGAUGAAGUCUUCAACAUGCAGCCAAGUCCGUCUACCUCAAGUCUCAGUUCCAAUCACUCUGCCUCUCCCAACGUGACCAGCUCAGCUCCGUCCAGUGCCAGAGGUUCUCCACAGUUGUCAGAUAAACACAAGCAUUCCCGAGAGAACUGCCUCUCGCCGAGAGAGAGACCCUGCAGCGCCAUAUAUCCAAACCCCCUGGAUCCCACACAGAGGCCUGUCCCACACCCAGCGGGCGAUGCCUCCAUGCCUCGCAGUGACCCCAACAUCUCUACCCCCGACAAAGUGGUGAAGCCUGCUCCUAGUAGCUGGAGUCUAGACAUGCCGCCCUCUGAUUUUAAUGGAAAGGGCCCCCCUGUUCCUCCUAGACCACCGUACACAGGAUCUCCUGCCAAGACUACACGAUCACAGUCCCCUGUGAUGACAUCACGCUCGCCUCAGAAGACUUCUGUGCCUCCGUUCACCCCUUCGCCCACAGAGUGCCAAACUACAGGGUUGGUGUCAAAUUCUCCGGUGCUUUCUGGAAGCUACAGCAGCGGCAUCUCAUCUCUCAGUCGCUGUAGCGUCUCCGAGGCCUCUGGAACUGAGAACACAUCCACUGACCACGCCCUCCCAAACUCCGCCUCCAGCGGCUCAGACGAGCUCAUUCGACGGGAGAACAAGACCCCGCCUCCUUACAGCAUACAUGAGCGGAACAACCCCCGCAGGCAGGUCCCGCUUCCACCGAGCUUGUCGAUUCCUCCAAGCAUUGACGCGCCACCCAUUCCGCCCAAACCGCACCAGAUUCGAAGACAAGAUACUGAACCACGUCGACCCGACCAGUUUCCCAGACCCCGACCCAUUCCUAGGAAAGUCUCACAGCUCUAACGCUGCACCCCUCACACCAACCCCACCAUUUGCACUUUUACACUUAACCUCUCUGGGUUUACGAUUAUAAACUCCCAGUUAUAAAAUAAAUAGACUGUGGAAUAUUUUUAAUAUAUAAAUAUAUAUUUAGAGCGAGAGAGGGGAUACAGGGGUAUGACUGCAUUUUAUGCACUUUUUAGGUUCGAAAUUAUAGGUUCGCUUGUCAAAUUACCCAAGCCCCUAAAUUAACUCUAAACAGAACUUAGUACCAUGGUAUUUUCUCAGAUUUUUAAUAGAUUUAUCAAUGCUAAUGUGUAUUUAUAGUAAUUGAUACAAGACAUGUUUUGCCUUAAGAGUCUUUUUAUCAAUGAGAAAUGCACGAUUAAAAGUACUUUGUACUUUUAAAUAGACAAAAGGUGCUAGAAGUCCUCUAUAUUAAUGUUAGCACAAAAUGUUCAAGAUUGCAUUUUCCUUUGAGUCUAAGGCCUAUUCACACCGAAUGAGAGAAGAAAAAAAAAAUGUGUGGUAAAAUAUUAGAACAUUGUUGAAGUAGUUUUAAAAGAAAAUACAGCCAUGAAUCUGAAGCUUUGGAAUUUAUGUCCAUAAAGUAUGGGGAAAAUAGUAAUUUAUUGCAAAUUUUUUGGGGAAAAUAGACGCACAUAGUAUACGUUCAUCAAAUUCUUUCACUUCAAACCCGCUAAAUCUCUAAUUUUAAAGAAAACUGUCUGAUGGACUUAGAGGCUUUUGCAGUCUUCAUAUAGUGCAUGAGGCGACUAAAGCAGCACUUUUGCACAAUUCCCCAUCUGCCCUGUGGCUUUAUAUUUAUGCACAUUUAUUAUAUAUGCACAUUUUAUUAGUGGACUUUCAAAGGAAACUGGGUUUAUGCCUGUAGUACAAAGGGUUCAUGAAGUAGUAUAUUAUUUUCGUGUUCAAAAAGGGGUGUACAAAGAUGAUAUUAGUCCUACUGUAUGUCCAAUGCCAUUACACCAGUUAACUAAAUGGCUUAAGCGUCACCAAUGUGCUAAACUGUGCAGUUGCAGCAGUGGCUCGGGAAACAAAAAAUGCCUGUGUCAUUGAUCAGUUAGUUUUCUUUGCAGUCUGAAGAAAUAAAAAAAAACAGCUCUCAGUUUAAAAAAAAAUAAAUGUGUGCACUCGGUGUGAAUAGGCCUUUAGAAAGCUCACUGCUUCUGUAAGACCAUAGUCUCUAUUCUUAUUACUGAAAAUCCACAUGCAAAGAGCUCUCAUGGGUUAGACAGAUCAUGAAAACUUUCACCAUAUGAACUGACACAUUUGCAUUAACUAAUGUGAAAUUAAUGUGAGCGUAAUCAAGAGUAGUACCUCCGGCCCAUUUGUGUAAUUGGAGCACAAUUGUGGGCGAGUCUAUAUGGGCUUUUCGGAGCUCUAAAGCAUUGAUAGUUUCUUUGGGUUUCUUUAGAGUUUGGGGUCUGAAUGAUUAGAAACCGUGUAGGUGGUCCGAAUAAUUCCUAUCAAGGGUUUCCAUACAGAGCGCACAUGCCCACGCAGUGUAAAUGGAGAUAUAGUUUUGUGGAGUUUUGCCAAGUGUUGUGCCAAAGGAACAGGUGGGCUGUAAGAAAAAUGGAUGUCUUGAACUCGAAGAUGCUUUAUUAGGAUGCAAAUGGAGCGUUAGACAUCCAUUGUAAUAGACUUCACUGUAAGGACUCAACGGUGCACCAGACCACUUUACGGUCCCUCGUUACCGUGUGGCUGCUGGUUGUCUGAAAGACAGUGAGACAAAGUGAUAUAGCCUGGUAAAAAAGCUUCAUAUAAAAGGUACUUGAUCUACCUAGGGCAUUACAGAGACUCAAGCUGCCAUUGGGCAAUAAGGGCUGCCAUUCCUGUUCACACUUUUAAUCUGAGUUGAUGCGUUCCAGUCGAAUCUGGAUUGGCACCUCUGGACUGCACCUUCCCUGACCUCAUGUUUCAUUUACCUGAAUGAAAUGCAGGUAGAGUGACCAUCUACAACCUGUUUGAAUAAUUAUUACAUACAUAAAUGCUUCUGUAGAUUCCAACACAGUUGCACAAUGCAUAGCAGUGUGAAAUCUGCAGAAGUGUUUAGGAAUGUUUAUGCAUUUUGCAUGCUAAUUUCAUUUGUUGUCCAAAUGUUGCCAAGUUUACAAUUCUGUAGGGCCCUGCUAAUGAAAUCCUGGUGAAUAUAGAAGCGGAGAGACCAGCUAUUGUUUUGUUUUAGUGGAAAAUGUGAUCGUCUAACGCAGUACAAUGUCCUCAUUUUCUCUUUCUUAUUAAUUCUCAAAUUAACUUGAGUAUAUGAUUUUUAUUUUCUCCUUUUUACGGUCACAUUUUAUGAGACUCGGAUUUGUUGCGAAUGCCAGAUGAUGAUGGCAUUCACAAAAAUCAGUACUUGAGAAAACUGUAAAUUAAAUAACAAAAUUGUUGUAAUUAUGCCAAAUGCAAUAUCUUGUCUAUUGUACAUAACAUGUUUUUAACAGAAGAACUGUAGCUAUAACAAAUUUACAGCUUUGAAUGUUUGAACAGCAAAUUAAGAUGAUAAAUGUCAAAUAUUUAUGUAUUUUGUGAGCGUAGGGAAAAUGAGGUUGAGAAAGCGCCUAACACAUUUACAUUCUAAUGACUUCCUGUCUAAUAAACAUUUCCAGCAAGAACA